GGAUGCAGUAUCUGUAGUACACUGCUGCUCUGCAACACCAAUGUCCUCAUCCCCAACACUCCUGCAACUAAUGAUGAGGAGAAAAAAAAAGAUCAUGUCAGAUAAGUACAUGGAUCAACAAAUUCCUUCUACAUCAUUUUGAGUUUUGACUUGCUUCCUUUCUGCACUGUUUUUUUCCAUAUUCUGGAGGUAACUAUUUGUUUUAUUUUAUUUUAUUCAGUUAUAUAUGUGUGUUAGAGUUUGUUAGCUAAUGGAAGUAUGAAUUAUUAUGCCGCGCUUCUCAAAUUUUGAUUUUUUUUUGAAAACUUUCUAUAUCAGAAUUUUGCUUAGAUAACAUUUUCUAAAGCAAUCUAUUGGUUUUAUAAUAUUUAAUUCAUCCUAUAAUCAAUUUUACAUAAAACUAUAAUCUAUCCAACCGUCCAGCUGUUAGAAUGCGCCGUAGUCUAAAAACAGGUUGAUUAGUAUUUUCGUGAAUGAAAAUAUCAAUCAAUUUGCAAUAUAUUUUGUUGUACUAGUGAAUGAAUAAAAUGCCAGAAUAGACACAAUAAUUCCUACUAGUACUACACAUUAGUACGUCCCAUUUGAUGGUCAUGCUUGCUCAAACUAGUCACCCAAGGCCAAAAUGGUACAAGUGAGUUCCACACCUAGAAUGAAUGAGCAGCUGAUGAGAGAGAAAGAUAGAGAUAGAGAGAGAGAAGAGAAAAAAUCUUGGUGCAGCUAGAGAUCUAGAGAGAGGAAAUAAAAAGGAAAGUGGGGGGAAAGGUGUGUGUGUGUGUGUGUGUGCUUGUGAGGAUAAUGGAAGAGUGGGAGCUGGAGGGAGAUCAGAGGAAAGAUAUAUAGGCUGGCUGGCCGGCGUCUUCUGUAGAGAGCAAAAGGGAAAGGAACUUGCAGUUGCAGGUAAUUAAAUUAAGAAGAGAGAAGCAUAUAUAUACAUUUCCAGUAGAAUUGUAGCUAGAGUGAUCUAUAGCUGCCGGCCGGCGAGGCGAUCUCGAUGGCGGCGUACUACCACGGCGGCGCCGGCACGGACAUCCAGUCCGGCACCGACGGCCUGCAGACGCUGUACCUCAUGAACCCGAGCUACGCCGGCUACGGCGACGCCGCCGCCGCCGCCGCCGCGCCCGGGGCGGCGGCCAACAUGAUGCUCCUGAACUCGGCGGUGACCUCCAUGACGCCGGUGUCGUUCGGCCACCAGCCGUCGCCGUCGUCGUCGUCGGCGGCGCAGCACUUCGUCGGCAUCCCUCUCCAGGCGCCGCCGGCUUCCGGGUACAACCUGUGGACCCCGGCGGCGGCCACCGGCGCGGGCGACAUGUCGCCGCCGACGCCGCAGCACCAGCAUCAGCAAGCUCACGGCGGUGGCGCGGCGGGUGUCAGUGCUGUCCUCAGCCUGUCGUCCCGCGAGGCGGCGCCGCCGGUGACGGUGGCGGCCGUGGUGGCCGCCGGCGACGAGGGGAAGUACCUGCAGGCGGUGGCGCAGGGCGCGGCGUCGCACGGGCAGAUGGUGAUGAGCUCCAAGUACCUCAAGGCGGCGCAGGAGCUGCUCGACGAGGUGGUGAGCGUCAGCAAGGGCGUGGACGACGUCAAGGCCGCCGCGGCGGCGAAGAGCCCGGCCUCGGUGAAGAAGAAGGAGGACUCGGAGGGCGUGUCCGGCGGCGGCACGGAGGAUGGCGGCGGCGCCAAGAGCGGCGGCGCGCCGCCGCCGCCGGAGAUGUCGACGGCGGAGCGGCAGGAGCUGCAGAUGAAGAAAGGAAAGCUGAUUAACAUGCUUGAUGAGGUGGAGCAGCGGUACAGGCAGUACCACCAGCAGAUGCAGGUGGUGGUGGCGUCGUUCGAGGCGGUGGCGGGGGGCGGGUCGGCGAGGACGUACACGGCGCUGGCGCUGCGGACCAUCUCGCGGCAGUUCCGGUGCCUGCGGGACGCGAUCGCGGGGCAGGUGAGGGCGGCGAGCCGGGCGCUGGGGGAGGCCGUCGACGCCGACGGCGGAUGCGGCCGCACGGUGGGGUCCAGGCUCCGGUACAUCGACCACCAGCUCCGGCAGCAGCGCGCGCUGCAGCAGCUGGGCAUGAUGCAGAGCAGCGCGUGGCGCCCCCAGCGCGGCCUCCCCGAGCGCUCCGUCUCCAUCCUCCGGGCUUGGCUCUUCGAACACUUCCUCCACCCAUAUCCCAAGGAUUCGGACAAGAUCAUGCUCGCCAAGCAAACCGGCCUCACCAGGAGCCAGGUUUCGAACUGGUUCAUCAAUGCCAGGGUGAGGCUGUGGAAGCCGAUGGUGGAGGAGAUGUACCUGGAGGAGACCAAGGACCAGGACGGCGGCGGCGGCGCCGGCGCCGGCGACGAGGGGAGCAAGCCCGGUGGGAGCAAGGGCGGCGGCGCCGGCGUCAAUGGCGGUGUGGUUGACAGUGCCGCGAAGAUGGACAGCAAGGCGGCGCACAUGGAGAGCGGCGGCGGCGUACAUCCGUCGCUGCUCGAGCUCGCCGGUGACCACCAGGCGCAGGCGGGGUUCUACGACGACGACGACGAGGAUGGCGGCGCCGCCGCCGCGCUGCAGCAGAAGCUGAAGAAGGCGAGGACGGAGGAGCAGCAGCAGGCGGCGUUCCACGUGUCCGACGUGGCCACGCUGCACGCGCAUGCCGCGGCGGCGGCGGCGGCGAGGCACGACGAGGUGAGCCACCGGGAGCUCCUCAUGAAGUUCAUGGAGAGCGGCAGCGCCGGCGCCGGCGCCGGCGCCGCCGCGAGGGACCACCACCACGAACACCAUGGCGGCGUCGGCUACUCGCUGUUCGCGCCGGCGCCGUACGGGCAGUUCGCCACGGAGCAGUUCGCGUUCGCCGGCCACGGCGGCGGUGGCGGCGGCGGCGGCGUGUCGCUCACGCUCGGCCUCCCGCACGGCGCCGAGCAGACGGCGUCGUUCCUCAUGACCAGCAGCAACGGCAGCGACGGCGCCGGCCACGUCGCCGGCGGCGGCGGCUACGACAUGAACAUGCAGAGCACAAAGUCCUUCGCGGCUCAGCUCAUGAGAGACUUCGUGGCCUAGAAUCGAAUAUGAUUAUACAUAUUAAAUUAGCGCAAAAAUUCCAAUCAAUUAAUCCAUCAAAUUAAUUUAGGGCUUGUAUAGAAAUAAAAUGGUAAAAAGGCCUAGACAUGAAUGCUUAAGCAGAUUAAGCUUAAUUGGGCUAUAGGUUUUGGGAAUGUAAAGAUGGGAGCAAUGUAUAUAUUGGUAUAUAUAGGGUAGCUUAAUUAGUGAAAACCCAAACAUCUUACAAGAUUUAUAGGGUAUAGGAAGAGAGGGAGGGGGGUAUACCAUGAUGUGCAGGGUUAUAUGGAUUUGGAUAUUGGAAGUGUAUGUGGCAUUUUGGCCAAUCACAGUAAUUUCAGUAUUGGUUUUGGGAUAUUGUAAUCUAGAUUCUUAGUAUAAUGUAGCACUAGCACUUUACUUCAAUCCUCUUGCUCCAUGAGAAUGAUGAAGUGGCAUAUAUGUUUUUGUUAAGCUCAAAA